CGCGGGCCCCGGAACCGCGAGGCGGGUGGGCGGGGCCGCGCGGAGUGGCGGGCGGGCGGGCGCGGGGGCCAUGGAGCCGGGCCCCGCCGCGUCGCCCGGGCCCUCGCGCUCCUUCAAGGAGGAGCUGCUGUGCGCCGUCUGCUACGACCCGUUCCGCGACGCCGUGACGCUGCGCUGCGGCCACAACUUCUGCCGCGGCUGCGUGACGCGCUGCUGGGAGGCGCAGGCGGCGCCCGCGUGCCCGGUGUGCAAGGACCGCGCGAGCCCCGCGGGGCUGCGCCCCAACCGCACCCUCAACAACCUGGUGGAGACGCUGCUGCGCGAGGAGGCCGAGGGCGCGCGCUGGGCCGGCCGCCGCUCGCCGCGCCUCUGCCGCCUGCACCGCGCGCAGCUCGGCCUCUUCUGCCUGGACGACAAGGAGCUGCUGUGCUGCGCCUGCCAGGCCGACGCCCGGCACCGCGGCCACCGCGUGCAGCCCGCCGCCGACACCGCGCGCGACUUUCGGGCCAAGUGCAGGAACAUGGAGCACGCGCUGCGGGAGAAGGCCAAGGCCUUCUGGGCCAUGCGGCGUUCCUACGAGGCCAUCGCCAAGCACAAUCAGGUGGAGGUGGCCUGGCUGGAAGGCCGGAUCCGACGGGAGUUCGAUAAGCUCCGGGAGUUCCUGAGGGUGGAGGAGCAGACCAUCCUGGAUGCCAUGGCAGAGGAGGCGCGGCAGAAGCAGCUGCUGACUGAGGAGAAGAUGAAGCGGCUGGCAGAGGACACGGAGGCGCUGGCCCAUGAGAUCGAGCGGCUGCAGAUGGAGAUGAAGGAAGAUGACGUGUCCUUCCUCAUGAAACACAAGAGCCGGAAACGUCGCCUCUUCUGCACCAUGGAGCCGGAGCCUGUGCAGCCCGGCAUGCUCAUCGACGUCUGCAAGUACCUGGACUCGCUGCAGUACCGUGUCUGGAGGAAGAUGGUCAUGUCCGUGGAGUCUGUGCCCUUCAGCUUCGACCCCAACACCGCAGCCGGCUGGCUGUCCGUGUCCGACGACCUGACCAGUGUCACCAACCACGGCUACCGCGUGCAGGUGGAGAACCCCGAGCGCUUCUCGUCGGCGCCCUGCCUGCUGGGCUCCCGCACCUUCGCACAAGGCUCGCACACCUGGGAGGUGGACCUGGGGGGGCUGCCCAGCUGGCGCGUGGGCGUGGUGCGCACCCGGCAGGACGCGGGAGCCGAGGGCCACUCGCACAGCUGCUACCACGACACGCGCGCCGGCUUCUGGUACGUGUGCCGCACGCAGGGCGUGGAGGGGGACCACUGCGUGACCUCGGACCCCGCCACGUCGCCACUGGUGCCUGCCAUCCCGCGCCGCCUGCGCGUGGAGCUGGAGUGCGAGGAGGGCGAGCUGUCCUUCUACGACGCCGAGCGCCACUGCCACCUCUACACCUUCCACGCGCGCUUUGGCGAGGUGCGGCCCUACUUCUACCUGGGCGGCAUGCGCGGCGACGGCCCCCCCGAGCCUCUGCGUAUCUGCCCCCUGCGCAUCACCAUCAGGGAGGGGCUGGACGGCUGAGCCCGCCCGCCCUGUCGGGGUCGCCACCCGUGGGCCCCUCGGCCCAGGUGGCAAGCCUCCCGGAGACACCUUGCCGGCCAGGUGCUCCCCGGGAUUGUGGGACCUCAGGACCUGAACUUUCUCAGUCCCAAUCCUGGGAUUUCUGGAAUCAUGUCUGCUUCUAGAAUAGCCUGUUUUGAAAUGUGCUUUUAUUAUUAGCCAGACCGUGGCCAUGGGGAAGUUUGCUGUUACAGUAAGAAGUAGCGGGACCUCUUGCCACGAGCAGCACCGGGCAGAUCCCAGCAUCCUGGGAGGCAGAGGGAGCCAGGCCACAGUGUGAGCGGAGCCUGGUGGUUUUCCCUGAAGGAGCAGGUCAGGAAAGCAGGCAGCCUUGCCACUGGCCUGUGGGGGUGCUGGGGCACAGGCCGAAAACAGAGACAGCACAGGCCGAAAACAGGCCCUCUGCAUUGCGGAGGGCUUGAGUUCAGGCAGGCUCUGCCACGUCGGGGUCCUGGCUUUGGGCAGGACCAGGGCCCCCCUGCACUGUCCCUGUUUUCGGCCUGUGCCCCAGCAUCCCCACAGACCAGCUAUGCUCGUCCAUGUGUAGACACUACCCUCUGGGCAGAGGGCCUCAGAGCACUCAGGAGAAGUUUUAGGAACCACAGCCUAGAGCUGUUCCCUCUCAGGCUCGGUUUCCUCAUCUCUCCUGGUGAGAGAUGAGGUCCCCCUGGAUUCCCUCUCACAGAGGAGUAGAGAAGGCAGGCUGGGUGGCCUGCGAUCUGGGGGUGCCCAGGGGCACGGAGGGAGCACCCCAAGGCUGUGCUGGUCUCAGCCUGCUAUUCCUGCUCAGCCACCUGUGGUUCCAUCCACAUCUGUCCUCCCUCCCUCUCCUCGUUUUUAGCUAUCCACUUGCAGGUCGGGAAACUCCAUGGUAAGGGCAGGGUUUCCUUGGGAGCUGUGCUCUGCCGAGGCACACCCCUCUGCCCGCGGGGCCCUUCAUCGAGGCAGACACUUGAAACAAGUGAUGACUCAAGCCCAUAAAUUGGUUAUAUACGUGCUGUUGUCCGUGACAUAAAAUGCAGCGGCUGCCAGGACCCGCCUGCCCACCUGUCUAAAGGGUCCGGGGCUCAGAAGAGCCCAAGGCACGCUGGGGCCACACUUGUGCGGCCAGCACAGGCCUGCGGGUCAGUCUGCACAGCAGGCUCUGCCUGGAGCUAUUUUGCUAGCUACAAUAAACUUCCAAAAAUGUUUUUAUUUCCACCAUAGAUGUUGGGAGAGUGUUUUUUUGUAAAACAGGACAAUUUCAUUAACGUAGACCUCUUUUUCGAAAAAUAAACAUGAGAAUUUGUGUUAGACUCCUCUUUCUUUGUGAGUUUGCCCUCUGAGACACCUCCCUGCCACUGGCGGUUGGCCAUGCUCUGUGGUCACUGCGUGUUCCUGGUCGGCGCCUCAAUGAUGGACUCUCAGGUGAUUUGCACUGGGCCAGUAACACUGCUGUCAACGUGUAUACACAGGUUUUGGAGGAAUGUGCAUUUUCCAUUCUCUUGGGUACAUACCUAGGAGGAGACUUGCAGGGUGGAACAGUAAUUUUAACCUUCCCUGGAACUACCAAGCUGUUUUCCCACAGGUGGCACCAUUUUCUAUCCUUGCAGUGCAUAGGGCCCGGUGGUCUGUGUCCUCGUCAACACUUGAUGUCUGUCUUCUAGCUUAGCAUCCCAGUGGACAUCCAGAGCCUCUCAUUGUGGUUUUGAUUCACCUUUCCUUGAGUUGCUUUUGUGCUUCCUUGCUAUUUCUGUAUCCUCUGGGAGAACUGUGGUCAGAUCCCUCACCCAUUUUUUGGUGGGGGUGGAUUGUGAAAUGUAAUGAGUUGUCUAUGUUGGAAGUGCUCAGAUUCCUUCAGAUUUCUAACAAGAAUGUAUACAUGACGCGUGUGUGAACGAUUUCAUGGUCAUGGGGAGAUGGCCAGCUUGUAGUAAGUGAGAAACGGAUUCAGAAUUCCACACUCAGGCAUAGGAAACGCACUCACAGAUUGGCAAGGUCCCGGCUGACUGUGUGCGUUGUCUGCUUGAUUUGCUUACGUGGUUGUAAAUUCCCAAAGUGCAAAUGGUACUGGAACAGUCCCCCACUUCUGCCAAACCCUGCACCCUUGCUCACAGGCUGUCAUCGCACCAUAAAGGGAGGCUUACACAGGUAUGAACGCACAGGCCCGCCCCGCGCCUCUGGGAUUCAAGCCGCGCCCCUCAGCAACCUAACAGAGACAAACACAAAGCGUGUUAUUAAAAUAAUUUUUGUCUUCAGUGGGGGAGGUUGGUUGUUUUCAUGCAGUGGGUCCAACUCGCCGAUUUAGCUUUUCAUUCCCAUUUUAAAUAUUUCGCCCUAGGCUUUUAAA